UUAGAUGAUCUCCGCCGCCAGCUCAAGGAGCUCACAGAGAAGGGAUGGAUUCGGCCUAGUACCUCCCCUUACGGCGCUCCAGUCCUAUUCGUACCGAAGAAGCGAGGUACCUUGAAGAUGUGCAUUGACUAUAGGGGCCUCAAUGCCAUCACCGUUAAGAACGCGGAGCCCCUACCCCGCAUCGACGACCUCUUGGAUAGAGUGCAGGGAUGCCGGUACUUCACCAAGAUAGAUUUGAAGUCCAGAUACCAUCAAAUUGCCAUUAGACCUGAGGACCAACACAAAACCGCAUUUCAGACCAUGUACGGUCUGUACGAAGUUGUGGUGAUGCCCAUUGGCCUAUGCAAUGCACCUGGUACGUUCCAGCACGCGAUGAACAUGAUUUUUCAUGACUACUUCGACAAGUUUAUCGUCGUGUACCUCGACGAUAUUCUUAUCUUUCGUAGGACAGUAGAGGAGCACGCUGAGCACUUGAAAAUAGUGCUAGGUCUCCUAAGACAGCACCAGUACAAGGUUAACUUGGAGAAAUGCGAGUUUGGUCGCACCAAGAUCUUGUACUUGGGUCAUGAAAUCUCAGCAGAUGGACUGAGGCCGGAUGAUGCCAAGGUGGCCAGCAUACGUGACUGGCCCAGACCUCGGACUCUUACUGAGGUGAAAAUGAUCAAUGCCUGCCUCAAUUACGCGUUCGAGUAUCUUGGAAACACCACGAGGCUUGUGAUCACCCCUCUCACGGAUCGAUGCUACCGGACUCUGACGGGGGCACUUCACUUGAACUUGGGGGGUGCACCUGAGGGUCCCGCUGGAACUGGGAAGACAGAGACAACAAAGGACUUGGCAAAGGCGGUUGCCAUGCAGUGUAUUGUUUUUAACUGCUCCGAUGGCCUUGACUACCUUGCCAUGGGGAAGUUCUUCAAGGGGCUAGCAAGUGCUGGGGCAUGGUCCUGCUUCGAUGAAUUCAACCGAAUUGAGCUGGAGGUCCUCAGUGUGAUUGCGCAACAGAUUCUGACAAUUCAGAGGGCAAAGGCCGCAAGACUAAGGACCUUUGAAUUUGAAGGGACAAAGCUAUCACUGCAGGAGACAUGCAGUGUUUUUAUCACAAUGAACCCUGGUUAUGCCGGAAGAAGUGAGCUUCCUGACAACCUGAAGGCACUUUUCAGGACAGUGGCAAUGAUGGUGCCUGAUUAUGCUCUCAUUGCAGAGAUCACGCUCUAUUCAUAUGGGGACCCAUCUUACGCGGAUUUCCUGAGGAACAAAACCUUCACCUGCAAUUCCUCCGUGGUGACAGUACAUCCAUGGAAACCGGACACCCCUUUCCAAAUGACGCCUUCCCGAUACAGACAAGAGCUCAUGAAGAAAUUCUUUUGGGUACAAUUCGAUAACGUUCACGAAGGCCUGCACGGGGGGAUCAAACAGCGCCUGCAAAUAGAGUACGACCAAUUCAAAGUGAUUGACUGGAUCAUCGCAAUGCCAGAUUUCCUGAUCCCGCAGCACAACACCAUGACAGUGUGCCUGGAUCUCAACAAUGGUAUCCCUCCACAAUUGCCAGACUACUGGUACUUUGUGGAGAAGAAAGAGAUCCUGAAACAGGCGAAGCUAAAGGCAAUCGCAGAGGAGCAGGCAGCGAAGAUGAAGGAAUUGGAGGAGGAGAUGGAGAAAAAUAAGAAGGUUGCUGAAGAAGAAGCGGUAGCAGAAGCAGAAGAGGAAAGGAAACACAGGGAAGUAAAAGGAGCGAGUAGUGGCACGACAAAUGAGGACGCCGCAAUGGAGAAGAAAAUGAGUGAGUGGAUUGCUAAUUUAUCGUUGACGGAAGAUGAGGAGGAAGUGCUUUAUGUGCCCCAGGAUGAGAGGGAUGCGUUAGUCAGUGAGCUAGCAGCAAUGGAGGACCCUCUGGAACGGCGAGAAAGAGAAGAAGAGAAGAAGUUGGAGUGGAAACUGAGGAUGGAGACGGAAAAGAAGAGAAGGAGGGAUGAAGUUCAUAGGCUGACCGAGGAGGAGGCAAAAAUGAGAGAUUGUAGACAAGAGGUGCAGGCGCAGCCAGACAUUUAUGCCAAGAUGGAUAAGGUGUUCGGUUAUCUAGAAGUGUUAAGUGCGGCCUGGAUGGAGGAGCGCCAAGCCAAUAGGGGUCAGGAUGUGGCCCUGCGCGCCAUGCGGUCAGGAUUUAGAGAUUUUGCGCGCGAUAUGGUCACCCAUGUUGGAGGCGAAGUUAGGCGACUGAGAGACAGCAUGGGGAAGUUCUUCGAGGGCGCCAGCGAAGGUGCCAAGGCAAUAGUCGCUGUAGAGGGUAAGGCCAGGCCUCGUAAGGAGCCUUUUAAGCUUAAAUUCCCAGGUGCGUAUAGAGGGAAGAAGGAAGAAAAUUUUGAUAACUGGGAGGCUACUGUGAACAGUUACGUAUUAUUACAGCACAUCCUGACUGAGGAGCAAGUCCUCGUCGCCUUCCAGGACCCUUAAGGAUGAAGCGGCCAGUUUUGCCAGAUCUCUUGCGCACGCAGUCAGUUGUGAAAACAACAUGGUUGCAUAUUCUAAGAUCACCACCCUUCCUCAAUUCUUCAAAGUCCUGAGGGAGAGAUUUGUUGACCCAACGAGAGGCGUUAGAGCCUCUGAUAAGUUACAGACGAUCCAUUCGCGACAGUGGAGGAGUGCAAGAGCACUUAAGGGCGUUAUGGACGACUUGGUAGCCGUCCCAGACCACGGGGUCACUGAGCCCCAGUUGGUCCAACUGUUUUAUCGUGCCAUGCCCGAGC